CGUUAUAUUAUCAUCGGUCGCACAUCAUAUAUACGUACAUACGUACGUACAGUUUAUACUCGAGCGAACAUAACCUCUCUUCCCCUCUCCUGUUUCUUUUUUCCUCUCCUCUCCCUCCCAUCCCUCUGUGCACACAUUAGGCCAUACAAAAUAAUACACGUUCGCGAGGGAAUACAGUCACGAACGUGCGGGCAACUCGUAAUUCUCUCCCCUUCCCGACCAGUUCCCCUCUCCGCUUCGUUCCUCUUCUUCUUUUGCCCCCACUCCUUUUCUCUCAUUCGUUCUCACUUGAGGGAGAAGGGAAGCGAACCGUAGAACGAGAAAAGGAGGGGGGAGGCUUACUACGAGAGUCCACGCGCGCUCUAUAGUAAAUCGACUAUAAUACUAUGAGUCAGUCACACCCACAAGUCGCUUGUGGGUUCAAGACCCUCGUGUACGCGCAUAUAUAUAUAUAUAUACACACAGACAGAGAUAUAGAGAAAGAAAAAGAGAGGACUCACGUAUUACGUCUCUGCCUACGAUGAGCUAGUAAACGUGUGAUGCUAGCGCGCGCGCACAUACACACAUACACACACACGUACGGAUUGCCGCACGCGAGGUCAUGCUUACGGACACAUAAUCGAGGAUCUAUUGGCCUCGUCUCUCGUGGAAUCACUUCGAAUAUCGAAUGUCAGGUGAAUGUUGGAUACAGAGAGUAGACGCGGUACUGGGCUGGAUCAGGGACCAUCGAGGGACCCUUGGCUCGCUAUGGAUUACUACCUGGGCACCGAUAGUCUUUCACUUCAGGAAAUGCUCGACGUCGACAUCAAAUGCGAGAUCGAAGGGGUAAUCGGUGGCCACGCAGAUCUUGGCUUCAAUUUCGGUGAUUUGUCGCCGUUAGAAUUGGACGACAAUCCGGUUGGAUGUGACAACGAUCUCAGCGGAUGGUUCGGUUCCACCAGUUUGCUCAACGGCAACAGCAAUAGCUCUAACAGCAAUUUCAAUUUCGAUUUGAGUGGCGGCGAUGCUGCCUCCAUUAUGGUGAACCCCAAUUCGGUAAUGCCCCACAUGGCCAUCCACAGUCCUACACCAAAUAGUAACAGACGGCACUUUUCUUUCUCGCCAAAGAUAGACGUUAAAGAGGAGAAAAUAGACGUUGAGAACGAGGUAGAAAAUGACGAUGAUAACGAGAAUGACAACGAGAACGACAAUGAUAAUGAUAACGAAAACGAGAAUGAAAACGAAAACGAUCAUGAAAAUGAUAACGAGAAUGAUAAUGAUAAUGAUAACGAUAAUGAUAAUGAUAAUGAUAAUGAUAAUGAUAAUGAUAAUGAUAAUGAUAAUGAUAAUGAAAAUUAUAACGAGAUCGAUACGGAAAUCGAACAGUAUGAAAAUGAUAUAACGGAAACUGAGGAGGACACCGAGGAUGAGCAGGAAUUAACGAGGACGAUUCCGAUUUUAAAAGCAAAGGCGUCUACUACGAUACCGGUAAAUACUGCCGUUAAAACGAUAUCACCUCAAAUAACGAAGGCUCAUUUGUCACCGAAAAUCAAUACGAUAUCCGGCAUAAGGGUACAAAAUUUUAAGGUCCUGCAGAGUCAACCGAAUCAACAACAACCGCAGCAUGUUAGGAAGCAGAUUUACAAUAACAACAUUCACGUCAGCACGACUUCAUCUCCAGCAAUCUCAACGAUUAAUAAAGAAUUUGAUUUGUCCGAUUACGAGGACAAGCUCUAUCCGAAGCCUGCGUAUUCUUACUCUUGCUUGAUCGCAAUGGCCUUGAAAAAUAGUCAAACGGGUUCCCUGCCAGUUUCAGAAAUUUACAACUUUAUGUGCGAACAUUUUCCAUAUUUUAAAACUGCACCAAAUGGUUGGAAGAACUCUGUGAGGCAUAAUCUUUCGUUGAAUAAAUGUUUCGAAAAAAUUGAGAAACCAGCUGGAAAUGGAAACCAAAGAAAAGGCUGUUUGUGGGCAAUUAAUCCAGCCAAGAUAGCUAAAAUGGAUGAAGAAGUCCAGAAAUGGUCAAGGAAGGAUCCAUUAGCAAUUAAGAAGGCGAUGAUAUAUCCGGAUCAUUUAGAAUUACUUGAAAGAGGAGAGAUGAAGUAUGCUGGCAGUGGUGACAUGUCGGAAGAAACAGAAAGUUCUGGCGAUGAGACUGCAGAAGAAAAUGCUGUCUAUGAUGAAUCUAUACACAGUCAUAUCGCAGCUAAUUCGGUUACAGAUAGUUACGAUGAAAGUAGCCAGGAUUGCGACGUUGACAUAACGGAACAACUUUAUGAUGAAAUUGAUAUAGAGGAUAAUAAAGAUGCUUUACACAUGCAAUUAAACAUUACUAAACAGGAAGCAAUUGAAUAUGAAUUAAGUCCUAGUACAAAAAAGCAGAAAACUCUAACGGGUGCGAUACAAGGAAAUUACGUAUAUCAACCAGUAACUACUUCUCGAAGAAAAGCGCCUUUACUAUUAAGGGCUGGAACCACAGCAGAAUCUUUUCUUAAAAUUGAAUAAAUUUAGAUAUUAUUUAACAUAUUGAAAAGGAUAAAUGUAUCUAUAAGUAUUAUAUACCCAUUUUUCAGAGGUUUCGAUAAAAACAUUUCAUGCGCAUAGAACAAAAUAAAGGAGAAAAAUUAAAAGUGCGUCAAAUUUUAUGCAGUAUGACGAUCUUAUGAGUUGAGUUUAAGAUGGAUUUCUAUAUCGUAUAUCAUAAUAUCCAUGAAAAAAGUUCAAAAGCUUUGGUAGAAUAAUUGAUUUAUAAUUAUUAUACGUCUUUUGAAUUCUUUUCAUUGUUAAUCGAUAUAAAUGAUCUUCGAUAUAGCACAUCAUUUUGCUCAUAAUAAUUAUUUAAUUUUUAAUAUAAUGUAAACUUUAUAUGAUUAUAAAAGUUAUAAUUUUUAUAUAUAUUACGAUAUGUGUGCAUGGAAAUACUUUUUUGUCAUGCCUCAAUUACCAAGUAAAAUUGUGAGUAGACGCAAUCGCAACAAACAACAUCAGUACUAUAUAGUGUACAUAUGAUGAUGAAAAGUAUAACAAGCAAAGUGGUAUAUAUCCCACUAUAUCAGUUUAACAUGUUAGCUUUUAUAUGAUCGAAAAUAUUGAGUUAUAGAUUUAAAACUUUAGUAAUUUAUGUAACAAACUUACUAGUAUAUAUGUCAUGCAUUUUAGAUUGUAUAGAUAGUAUGUGCUCAUGAAUUAGCGCUAUCAUAAAUAUCGUAUUUACUUUACACACUGCAUUAGUAACUAUAAUAAGAUAUAUAGUUACAUAUGAAGAUCUUCCAAAUUCAUUGAAUGAUUUCACAAACUUCCGUUUAAUAUUAUUGCGAAUAGUAUAUGUACCGAUCUUGUUUCUCUGUAAUCUCUAUACACGUAUAGUUCUAUCUUUCUAGCACCAUAGAAAAUUUCAAAAUGUCUUCUCUAAUUUUUGACGUAUCCUUCUUAUCGUAGUUCUUAUUUUUAUUUCUUUUUUUUUUUUUUUUUUUUUUAUUUUUUCUUUUUGCAAAAAUAUAUGUAUUGCUUUGCAAUUUUAUAUGUCUGAUAAAAAAAGGUGUAUUGAGAAAACAAAUAAUAACAAACAACAUUACGUUUAUAUUAAAAAAUUGUUAUAUUAUAUAUAACUGAACAUUAUGGUAAAAAAAAAUGAGUUUCGAAUGCGGUAAUUUAUAACGUUUUAUCUGUAUCAUCAGCAUUAUCAUUGUUUAUAUUUUGUAACUAUGACUAUAUUUGAAACGAAAAAAAAAAAAACGAAAAAAAAUGUAACAUAGAUUAAUAAGUAUUUGGUCAUUGUAAUGUUGGCCAGACUGAUGUAUUAUACUUUUUAUACAUUUCUGAGAUAAAUAAUAAUUGUAAAUGUUUCUGCAAUUAUAUACCUGAAAAAACAUAAGAUUACGUAGUAUCACAUUUAGGUAGAGUACAAAGACGACAGCUAUGGAAUGGUCAGAAAGAAAAAAUUUUUUUAUAGAAUAAGCAGAUGGGAAUUGUAUACCUGAUUUGUUUUUAAGUAUAACAGUAAUCGUAUUCUUAGUUUUUAUUUAAUUGUAGAAAAAUGUUCCUUUCUCAACUUAGAACAAUAUUCAAUUGACAACUUGAUUAUUCGUAUAAAAAGUAUAUAAAUUGAGAUUUCAUAGCUUUUCAGAAUAUUAUUGAAAUUUUUAUAUUGACAAUAGAUAUGGCAUAUCAGUAAUUGAUUUUAAUAUUGUAUAUACAUCUUGCAAGUAAUAAUGCUAGGUUGUAUAACA